AUGACGGAUGUGUUGGUGAAGCCUGGGCCUCCAGCAGGGAUGGGCAGCACAAACGGCGCUCGGCCUGUCGGUCCGCCUCCUGCAGAGCGGCAGCAGGAACUCAAACUAAACAUCCACAAACAUGUUCUGCUGCCGUCCAAAGCCUCUCAGACGUUACAACUUAAUCUGCUGUUCUCCGCGUGUUCCACCAACGGCCGUAACCUAAAUAUCUGGGAUUGGCAGAAGUACGUCCUGAGUCUCUGGUCCACAGACGUCUCUCCACAGACAUCUCUCCACAGACACCUCUCCACAGACACCUCUCCACAGACAUCGCUCCACAGACAUCUCUCCACAGACAUCUCUCCACAGACACCUCUCCACAGACAUCUCUCCACAGACACCUCUCCACAGACAUCUCUCCACAGACAUCUCUCCACAGACACCUCUCCACAGACAUCGCUCCACAGACAUCUCUCCACAGACACCUCUCCACAGACAUCUCUCCACAGACACCUCUCCACAGACAUCUCUCCACAGACAUCUCUCCACAGACACCUCUCCACAGACAUCUCUCCACAGACAUCUCUCCACAGACAUCUCUCCACAGACACCUCUCCACAGACGUCUCUCCACAGACAUCUCUCCACAGACAUCUCUCCACAGACAUCUCUCCACAGACACCUCUCCACAGACAUCUCUCCACAGACAUCUCUCCACAGACACCUCUCCACAGACAUCGCUCCACAGACAUCUCUCCACAGACACCUCUCCACAGACACCUCUCCACAGACAUCUCUCCACAGACAUCUCUCCACAGACAGAUGUAACAAGAAGGACCAGGACAAGAAGGACCAGAACAAGAAGGACCAGAAAAAGAAGGACCAGGACAAGAAGGACCAGAACAAGAAGGACCAGAGCAAGAAGGACCAGAGCAAGAAGGACCAGAGCAAGAAGGACCAGAGCAAGAAGGACCAGAGCAAGAAGGACCAGAACAAGAAGGACCAGAACAAGAAGGACCAGAACAAGCAGAACAAGAAGGACCAGAACAAGAAGGACCAGAACAAGAAGGACCAGAGCAAGAAGGACCAGAGCAAGAAGGACCAGAACAAGAAGGACCAGAACAAGAAGGACCAGAACAAGAAGGACCAGAACAAGCAGAACAAGAAGGACCAGAACAAGAAGGACCAGAACAAGCAGAACAAGAAGGACCAGAACAAGCAGAACAAGAAGGACCAGAACAAGAAGGACCAGAGCAAGAAGGACCAGAGCAAGAAGGACCAGAGCAAGAAGGACCAGAACAAGAAGGACCAGAACAAGAAGGACCAGAACAAGAAGGACCAGAACAAGCAGAACAAGAAGGACCAGAACAAGAAGGACCAGAACAAGAAGGACCAGAACAAGAAGGACCAGAGCAAGAAGGACCAGAACAAGAAGGACCAGAACAAGCAGAACAAGAAGGACCAGAACAAGAAGGACCAGAAGGACCAGGACAAGAAGAACCAGGACAAGAAGGACCAGGACAAGAAGGACCAGGACAAGAAGGACCAGAGCAAGAAGGACCAGAACAAGAAGGACCAGAACAAGAAGGACCAGAACAAGCAGAACAAGAAGGACCAGAACAAGAAGGACCAGGACAAGAAGGACCAGGACAAGAAGGACCAGGACAAGAAGGACCAGGACAAGAAGGACCAGGACAAGAAGGACCAGGACAAGAAGGACCAGAACAAGAAGGACCAGGACAAGAAGGACCAGGACAAGAAGGACCAGGACAAGAAGGACCAGGACAAGAAGGACCAGGACAAGAAGGACCAGGACAAGAAGGACCAGAACAAGAAGGACCAGAACAAGAACGACCAGAACAAGAACGACCAGAACAAGAAGGACCAGAACAAGAAGGAUCAGAACAAGAAGGACCAGAACAAGAAGGACCAGAACAAGAAGGACCAGAACAAGAAGGAUCAGAACAAGAAGGACCAGAACAAGAAGGACCAGAACAAGAAGGAUCAGAACAAGAAGGACCAGAACAAGAAGGACCAGAACAAGAUGGACCAGGGCAUGGACCAGGAUAAAGACCAAGACCAAGACCAGGACCGGACUCUCGCUGAAGAACAAAAGUGCAGAGAGAGACGCAGGUAG